AUGCAUUAUUUGUCGGGGAGGAGUGCGAACCUGGAUCCUUCCCUAUUUGCUGUUGUCUGCUGGCUUCUUUGGAAAAACAGAAACUCAUUUGUGUUCGAGAAACAUUUGGCCGCGCCAAGCCACCUCCAAGCCACCGCAAGGAGACUUCGACAGCAGAUUGAGGAGGCUUUGAGGUUGGAGGCCGAGGUCUUAUGGGGAAAUAAAGCUGGUGAGUGGAUCGGGGUUGGCUGGAAUCGUCCCCAACCGGGGUGGAGCUGUGUGAAUACGGAUGGAUCAGUGGAAUUGGCAUCACAGAGUUCGACGGCGGGAGGGGUUGUGCGAGAUGAUCAGGGCCAUUUCUUGGGAGCCUUCGCGAUGAACUUGGGCGGUGGGUCGAUCACCCGCGCCGAGCUAAUGGGGAUCCUCCAGGGUCUGCGGUGCGCUUGGGAGCUGGGAGUGCGGAAGGUCUUACUACAAACGGAUUCUCAAGCGGCGAUUCGGAUCAUCGAGGCGGCCACCAAUACACACCCUCACUACCAUAUUGUGUUGCAGGUGAGGAGAAUGGUGCAAUGCAACUGGGAGGUGCGGAUCGAGCACAUCUAUAGAGAGAGCAACAUGGUGGCGGACUUCUUGGCGUCGACAGGGCAUGAUUUGCUGGUCGAAAUUCAUCCGAUUCUGGCCCCUGAUCUGCGCCUGCAUUAUUGGUUACUCUUUGAUCUUGUAGGGAGUCAGACUCCCAGACUCGUUCCCCCUUAG